GACGUUACCGGUGAAAGUUACAAAUUGUUUAAUUCAAAAAUAAAAAUUACCCAAUAAAUUAACACUAGAUCAAUACGUGUGACAUACACCAUGGCUCGAAUACAAAUGGCGGCCAUGUUUAUUUUUUUUACCGCGUGUUACGCUUGUGACGUCGAUAUGGCAGUUUACAAAGUGACAGUACGAAUGUUGUGGAGUGAAGAGACAUUCCCAAAGGAUUAUCCGUUACAACGUCCAAAAGCACAAUGGUCACCGGUGUUUGGUCAGUCUCACAACAAAUCCUAUAUAUUAUUCCGUGUUGGAGAGGUAGCGAGGUCUUCAGUUAGAAACUUUGCUCAGUAUGGAAAACUGGAUACUUUGAUACUAGAAGGUGAAGAGGAUCCAAGAGUAUACGAUCAGUUUUCAACUCCCGCACUUGGAAGAGGAACUGGGGAGACAGAAAAUUUGGUAUUUGUUGACACUGAGCAUAACGAGAUAUCUAUGAUCAGUAAAAUCAUACCAUCACCGGAUUGGUUCAUCGGUGUCGAUAGUCUGGAUUUAUGCGUCGAUUCAUCCUGGGUUGACCAAAUUGUACUGGAACUGGAGCCUUUAGAUGCAGGAGCAGCCAGCGGUCUCACUUUCACAGCUCCUCGUUGGGAGAAUUCACCACCAGAAGCCGUAUCGAAACAUAAACCACGACAACCUAAUCAUCCAGCUUCUGGUUUUUAUUAUCCAAAUAAAAAGGAAUUACCACCCAUAGCUAAAGUUGAAUUUACAAAGGUAAAAGAAUAUUCAUCUAAAGAAGUUAAUGAUUUAGCAAGAAAGGAGUUAUUGAAUAAUCUGCAUUUGAAAGAUAAAUUAAAAGGUUUACCGAAAAGGAAAUCAUUGAAGAAUUAUCAGACAACUGAAUUAAAUCAAGAACUAACAACAAGGAAUAAUUUUAAUCAAUUAGUUGAAUUAGAAGAGGAACCUUUUGGUACUCCAAGACCUAAUUUGCCAGAUAACAAAGUCGAGGUUAUCACUAAUGCUCCCUCCACAACUAUAAAAAUGGACGAAGAGUUCGAUAGUGACCUAAAGAAUAUGGACGAUGUUGUACUCGCGGUUGCAAACGGCAAUCGACUCGGACUUGGCAAGCGACUACCCAGGCACUUCAGAUCACGACUACAUCACGCUGUUAAUAGAGUUCAACCUGAUGAUUGCCUGGUAUCAGAAUGGGGUAGCUGGACUCCUUGCUCGGCUACAUGCGGCUUUGGGGACCAGUUCCGAACACGACGAGUUAUUCGAGAGAAGCGCGGAGACGGUCGUAACUGUCCCACGUUGACUGACAGAAAGCAUUGCGGUAAUAUCAACUCUUGUGCACACAUCGAUUACUUUGAAUGGUGAUAGGAAUUAAGUACUUGUAUUAGAUUUUAUAAUAAACUUU